UCAGUUUGUCCACACUACAACAGGGAGCCUACCUUAACAAACUUUUUGGAUUUCAGACUAAAUCCAAAAUUUUUACUGGAGUGGCACCAGUGGAUAUAAAAGAUACUUAAGAAGCAAGCAUCUUGAUGGACUUUUUCCUCAAAAUCAGAAGACUCCACCUCCACAGAAGGAAAGGUCAGAAACUCAGCUCCAGUCUCUCAUUUGAAUCUAUUUUAAUCAGCUGUGCUCUCUCCCCAGCAUCCUCCUCAUUUCAUCAUGAUUAUUCCCCAAGGUUGGAGAACUAGGUUGGUUGCGAUGGAGCGGGUGGAGGCUAUGGAUGAGCGGUCUGAUUGAGGGUGAGGGGUCCAGGCAAGAAUUCACUCACAUGCACAGCAUCUGCCCACACUUACUCUUUCUACUGGACUCACAUAGUGACACACACGUUUAUAAGCUCAGACUCACUUUGAAGGGGACUUUGGAACACUUUUGCUUCUUGUUGGUUAGGACAAGUAAACAAGACCCACAUGAGAUACAAGAUUUAUAGAGUGAGAUACAACCGUACACAUUCACACACACAUGCAGGAAGUCACCACAUGCACUUCAGCGCAACUCCCCACCUGCUCUCACACCUUUCCACAGUCAGAGAUCACAACUGCGAUUCUCCAGCUGCCUCUCAUCGCCGUCAUGAGCCAGCAAAGCUGCUAACAGCUGCUUUUUUUGGACACUUGUCUCUCUAUUUUCUCACUAAUUCCCUCCAUUGCUUUCCUCACUGUGUCACUGACACCAUCUUCAGUUUGACCCUCUUUGCCAGGAAGAGAGGGAGAGAGAGAUGCCAUCAACACAGCAGGGUCUUCAUCUGCCACACAAGUAGGCUCGCACAAGUGGUGUGAGAACGAGAGAGAGAGAGACAGUGAGAAAGAUAGAAAAGGCCAAAAGGAAGAGAGAGGACUCAAAAGAGGGAAGAGCAAACCAGCACAGCAGAAGAAUGUACAGCUUGGGGUUGGGCUCGGGUGCAUCCUGCCAGUACAGGCUGUAGGAGGCUGAAAUGGCCACUCCUCGAGGGUGUUGGGGUCCCUCUUUUCAACUCCUCCUCUUUCUCCAUCUCCUACUCAAUGUAGUGCCUCACUGUCAGGGACGUCCAUUCUUCGGCCCUCCCUCGGUCAAUGUGGCUGUGGUUUUCAGUGGUACGGCCCACCACGGCGAGAUCAAGGGCCGUCUGAGUCCAGAGAACUUCUUAGACAUGCCACUGGAAGUGAAUCCCAUCACCGUGCUGGUGAAUGACACUAACCCCAGGGCUUUACUCACACGUCUCUGUCAGACUAUGGCUGCAGAGAGCCUUCACGGUGUGGUGUUUGAAGAUGAUGUGGACUCAGAAGCCGUGGCACAAAUCUUAGACUUUGUCUCCUCCCAGACGUCCAUCCCCAUUUUAGGCAUCAGUGGAGGCUCUGCUGUAGUCAUCCCUCAUAAAGCUGAAGGCUCUACCUUUCUACAAAUGGGCGCUUCUAUAGAGCAGCAGAUAAAUGCAAUGUUCAAAGUGAUGGAGGAGUACAACUGGGGUAACUUCGUGGUGAUCACCAGUUUGUAUCCCGGCUACGAGACUUUUGUGGACUACAUCCAGUCCUUCACGGACACCAGCUACUUCCUGUGGGAGCUGCAGGAUGUGCUGAGCUUCGAGAUGUCAGUUGGGGCCAAUGACAUCCGCACACGCAGAAUGCUACAGCAGGUGGACGCACAGGUAUAUCUGGUGUACUGCUCACACGAGGAGGCUCAGUACUUGUUCAGGAUGGCAUCUGAUGUUGGGCUACUGGGGCCUGGAUACAUCUGGGUCAUCCCCAGCCUGGCAGUGGGGAACCCUGAAGUGCCCCCUCCUGACAGUUUCCCAGUGGGGGUCAUCAGUAUUAUCACAGACCGCUGGAGGAAAACUUUGCGCCAGCGGGUACGGGAAGGUGUGGCAGUCAUUGUAAAAGGGGUGUACAGUUUCCACAAGCACAGAGGAUUCACUCUUGAGGGUCACAGUGACUGCAAUAGUCCUGCCAAACCAUAUGCCAACAAUUCUCUCUUCAGGCAUAUGCUAAAUGUUUCAUGGGAACACAAGGACCUCUCCUUCAACUCUGAUGGCUAUCUCACCAAUCCUUCCAUGGUGAUCAUUGCUUUGGACCGAGAGAGACACUGGGACAAGGUAGGCAACUAUGAGGGAGGGAUUCUGCAGAUGCGUUACCCUGUAUGGCCCCGUUACGGCAGCUUCCUGGAGCCUGUGUCUGACAACCGACACCUGACUGUGGCCACGCUGGAGGAGAGGCCCUUCGUCAUUGUGGAGAGUGUUGAUCCUGCCACAGGCACUUGUGUGCGUAAUACUGUGCCCUGUCGUCGCCAGUCCAACCGAACUGAGAGUAUAACCGGUCACACCGAGCCUUACACCAAACUCUGCUGCAAAGGCUUCUGCAUAGACAUCCUAAAGAAGCUCUCACGAACCAUCAAAUUUUCAUACGACCUUUAUCUGGUCACCAAUGGGAAACAUGGCAAGAUGGUUCGUGGCGUCUGGAAUGGGAUGAUUGGAGAGGUCUUCUACAAGCGAGCAGAUAUGGCUAUCGGCUCUCUUACCAUCAAUGAGGAGAGGUCAGAGAUUGUUGACUUUUCAGUGCCAUUUGUGGAGACUGGGAUUAGUGUUAUGGUGGCCAGAAGCAAUGGAACAGUUUCACCCUCUGCCUUUCUUGAGCCUUACAGUCCAGCUGUAUGGGUAAUGAUGUUUGUAAUGUGCCUGACUGUUGUGGCAGUCACCGUGUUCGUCUUUGAGUACUUCAGUCCUGUUGGGUACAACCGGAGCCUUGUCAGUGCAAAAGCCCCUGGGGGUCCCACCUUUACCAUCGGGAAGUCUGUCUGGCUCCUGUGGGGAAUUGUCUUCAACAACUCUGUUCCAAUUGAAAACCCCAAAGGCACAACCAGCAAAAUUAUGGUCCUAGUCUGGGCUUUCUUUGCUGUCAUCUUCCUUGCUAGCUACACUGCCAAUUUAGCUGCCUUCAUGAUCCAAGAGCAGUACAUUGACACUGUGUCUGGACUUAGUGACAAAAAGUUUCAAAAACCACAGGAACAUUAUCCUCCUUUUCGUUUCGGGACGGUCCCAAACGGCAGCACUGAGAGGAACAUUCGAAGCAAUUACCCCGACAUGCACACCCACAUGAUAAAAUACAACCAGAAGGGAGUGGAGGAAGCACUCAACAGCCUUAAAACAGGGAAGCUGGACGCCUUCAUUUAUGAUGCAGCAGUUCUUAAUUAUAUGGCUGGCAAGGACGAGGGCUGCAAGCUGGUCACGAUUGGUAGUGGGAAGGUAUUCGCAACUACGGGCUACGGCAUUGCUCUGCAAAAGGACUCCCGUUGGAAGCGUCCCAUAGACCUGGCUCUACUCCUGUUCCUGGGAGAUGGGGACACACAGAGACUGGAGACAGUAUGGCUGUCUGGAAUAUGCCAGAAUGAGAAAAAUGAGGUCAUGAGCUCCAAGUUAGACAUAGACAACAUGGCAGGUGUUUUCUACAUGUUGCUAGUGGCCAUGGGCCUCAGCCUGCUGGUCUUUGCUUGGGAACAUCUGCUCUACUGGAAACUCAGGCACUCUGUCCACAAGUCUGACCACUUAGACUUCCUGUUGGCCAUUAGCAGGGGCAUAUAUAGCUGCUUCAACGGCAUUGAAGAUAUUGGCAGAGCUGCCAGCAUACAGAAUCCAGACAUUACCGCCAAUUAUGCACAGGCCAACAUGCUGAAAAUGCUGCAGACAGCCAAGGACAUCGUCUCAUCUGCUAAGGUGGAGAACUCAUUGGAUAAUGCCACCAAGACCAUUGAGAACUGGAGCCGUUACAGCGGCACCCUGCCAGCACGUAUUCCACAGGUGACCACGAUUGAAAAAGUUCCCGGUCACUUCUCUUACAUUACCAACGUCACAGAGAACCACAUACCUCAUAUGCAGCGUUCCAUAACUCCUCCUUUCACACAGCAGCACAGCAAAACAACAAGCCCACCACCACCACCGAUGGUAAACCUAACCCGUCCCACUCCUCUCCGGUACACUCUUCCCGCCAGAAUCAGGGGUCUGUACAAUGGUAUGCUCCCAGUAUCCAGUCUGAGCACUCCUCAUCUAGCCAUGCAUGAUCCUCACUCUGAUCUGGCCCAUCCUGGUUCUUCCUUUGUUCCUUAUAGAGAUCUACAAGUGCCAGACAUUUACAUUGAGCACCACAAGUCUUGUCAUGAUUUCUCCGAUAGUGUCAGGCGGAAAAAGAGAGCCCAUAGUUUCAUCAUGGAGUCCAUGGAUCUAAGGGGACUUCAUGAUUAUAAGGACCAAACAAUGUGUCAUGCAGAUGCAAAUAAUUGCACAGAAAACCACCUGUCGUCCUCCUUCAGAGACAAUCCUUUUAUAUCAGCUGAAACAGCAUGCAAUUCCUGCAUCAAAACGUACAUUGACUCAACACUGGAUGACAUACCGUUGAUAGCGAAAAGGAAGCUUCAUCGUAGACCAUCGUUUCUGAAAGCCACCUGGGGGCCCGACAGAGUCCGAUUCCCAGGUGACAGGCCUUCUGCCACGGCCUCCUCUCGAGUAACUAUACCUGACCUGUUCCCUUGCGUGGAUGUACACGGACGGGUGAGAAAUACCCUGUGUUACACCCAACCAGUGGAUCAGACCUACCUUCACCCCUUCCAGCGACCCUCCAGAAAAGGUCAGAAACUGAGACACACCCAGUCGACCAGGCUUCCCUCCUACAAGGAGGCGAUUUACCACAAUACGGCAGCCGUUAGGAGGGCCUCCAGCAUGAUGCACAGACCAUACUCCUACCCUGAGCUGCCAGUCUACCAGAGCCCACUGCCAUAUGGACCAGCCGAAUUGUGCAACAUAUUCCCCUGCAUGGGACAUCCCAGUGACAAUGUAUAUGGAGGGUACAGAGCAUCCACACACCUACAGGAUGACCAUCUAGUGCCUGUCCCAGGCAGCAGGGUGGUUCACAGCAGCCCCAUUAUGCCCAUGACAUGGGGCAGAAUUUCCAGCCUGGAGUCAGAGGUGUAAACUGAGCCUUCCAUGUGCCAAUUAUAAACCGUGAUUUCAGCUCGGUGGCCCAUAAGCUUUUACUGACCAAUAAAAUGACUUGAUCUUUAAAAGAAUAGUUCGCCCAAUAAUGAUAAUUCCCUCAUUAUUUACAUACCCUGAUGCCGAUCCGAACCUGUAUGACUUUCUUUGUUCUACGGAACACAAAGAAAGUUUUUUGAAGAAUGUAUUGUUUUUUUUAUUUUUUUAUUAUAAUGCAAGUCAAUGGGGAUUAAAGCUUUCAAGCUCCAAAAAGCACAUCCAUGUAGCAUAAAAGUAAUACAAAUGAUUUGAGGGGUUUAUUCCAUGUCUUCUGAAAUGGUGAGAAAAAAUAUAUAAAAUAAAAAUAAAAAAACAGGAAAACAACAUUGGAUGAAAAAAACCACCUCAUACUGUAUAUUCUUUAAAAUUUCUUCAUUUGUGUUGUGUUCUGCAGUUGUAAAGGCAUGAGGGUCAAUAAAAGAUGAGAGAAUUAUGAUUUUGGGGUGAAUUAUCCUUUUAUCACAAGUAGAAACACAAACCAAGUUAUUGGAUUUUGGUGGGUUUUGUUUGUUUUGAUUUAUUUUUUAAUGAAUUAAUUAAUUUUUUAUAGUGCAAUAAUGUCAUUAUUGAUAGAGGAAAUAAUAAAAUUGCUGGCUUUGAAUGAAUGAAUGGACAUGUAGAACUGUAAAUGAUUAAUCUUUCUUAUCUCUCUAAAUUCACAAAAUAUGAUAUAUUGAUAUAUGUAUUGGACUGGGUGAAAGAUUUUUUUAAGACUGUAGUAGAUAUUAAGAUUGUAGUAAACUAUAUGAUGUGUUCUUUUAUGUUUACAUAAAUUUGAUAUUAAACACUAUGUAAUUCUCUAUGAUACAGAAUUCAAUAUGUUUUUCAAUAGCAGGGCUACAUGAGUAGAUUUUUCAGGCUCCAAUAUUCUCCCUCUUUCAAUGUCCUCUCUCUCUCUCUCUCUCUCUCUCUCUCUCUCUCACACUCACUGCUGUGAGUGGGCUUUUGAAGAAGAGCAAAUUGAAUGGUACUCUAAUAUUAGCAUCAUCAAGGAUCUUCACACUUUAAUAAAUCACAAAGGACCAUCCGUUAGUCCUUU